CACAAAGUAUACAUAGAUUGAAAGAUUCAGUGGUUGUAGUACAGAAUCUAAGAUCGUUUGCAGUGCCACCCUUUCCUCCCGAUCACAGAGAAGAAGAGAACCUAUCUCAUCACUAGCCAGUAUGAAACUUGUCAGGAGGCUGCUGUCUCUUUAAGAAUUAUAGCUGUCUCCGAAGAAUCUUUGCUGUUGUCGCUGCGGAGCCCCAACGAGAUUUGCCUUCUCAACUAUCAGCCUAGGACUUUCCUGUCUUCCUGGUUUCUACGGACAAAGACUAGCAGAACCCAACGGGCUUAAUGCCGCAGCGACUUCGCUCUCUACGCAGUCAUCAAAUGCAAAUGAUGAUGUCCUCAAAGAAAAGCGUAGUAGAAUCAUGGCUAAAGGACUUCCAAAGCAAAAACCAAUUCAAGGAGUUAAGCAAGUAUUGGUUAUAGCUUCUGGCAAAGGAGGUGUUGGAAAGUCAACAACUGCUGUAAAUGUAGCCCUUGCGCUGGCAACAAAUGAUUCGACAAAAGCGGUUGGUUUGCUUGAUGCAGAUGUGUAUGGGCCUUCCAUACCAAAAAUGAUGAAUUUGAAAGGAAAUCCAGAAGUGACGCCAAAAAACUUAAUGCGACCUCUUGUGAACUAUGGAAUUGCAUGUAUGUCCAUAGGUUUCUUGGUAGAAGAGACUGCACCAAUUGUUUGGAGAGGACUGAUGGUAAUGUCAGCUGUUGAGAAAUUGUUGAGACAGGUUGACUGGCACCAACUGGAUUACCUAGUAAUUGACAUGCCACCUGGGACAGGAGAUGUACAGCUAUCAAUCUCACAGAAUAUUCCAAUUGCAGGAGCUGUGAUUGUGUCAACUCCUCAGGAUAUAGCUUUAUUGGAUGCCCGCAAAGGAACUGAGAUGUUCAAAAAAGUAAAUGUGCCGGUUUUAGGGCUUGUUCAAAACAUGAGCCUUUUCCAGUGCCCUAAAUGCAAAUAUGAAAGCCAUAUUUUUGGAGCUGAUGGUGUGAGGAACCUAGCCAGAGAUCUUGGUCUGGAUGUUUUAGGUGACAUUCCACUACAUGUCCACAUAAGAGAGACAUCUGAUGCUGGCAAACCUAUUGUAGUUUCAGAUCCCCAGAGCAAAGAGGCUCAAGCCUAUUUGAAGAUUGCUGCUGAAAUAGUGAAAAGACUGCCAGUUUCUCCAGCUUAAAGCCAUCUUUCUGAAAUUCUGUGACGGGAACUUUACCAUUGGAAGUUUGGCAUAGGAUAUAACUGAAGAAAUCAUAUAUUAUGGAACAUUUCCUGUUUUGUAUUUUGUCUUAGAAAUUAAAUAGUUAAAUGUUGGUACCUAGCAAUAUCCAGUUCAGAAGUUCAAAUACCAACUUUUUGCAACUAUUAUAUUGAACAUUUGCAGCGAACUUUCAACAUCCACUAGCAGCAAGAAGCGUCAAUCGCCCAACUGAUCUGUGGAACCCAAGAUUUUCAGUGUAUCAUUCAGUAGGCCUGAUGUUAAAGGGGAAGGUCUGUUUAGAGAUAUUUGUCCUUAUGUAGGUAGACUGACAAAUACCAGAAUGGACCACCACAUUUAGACAGUUUUGUUUCAUUUUGUCAUGUAUCUGCAUUAAAGAUGAAGAUGCUAGAAAUUUAAGAUAAUUUUGUUCAGCUGUGAAGAAUUAUCAAAUCAAGAUUCACUUCCCAGCAAUCAAACAAUUAACUAAGAAUCCCAAGAACUAGAUUCUUUUAUCAGCUGAAGCUUGAUCAUACGAUUAGGACACCAAAGGAGGAAACAAGUGAUAAAAAUUAAUUACUGAUGAUUGCAUAUAUGAAUAUAUCUCCACUAGGAAAUAAUAGCCCUGAAUCUAUAAACAAAAAGAUCUAAUUGCCAGUUUUAUCCACCACAUACUGAGAGGUUUUUGUCUGAAUUUCCUACUGCAUCAUUUUGUGUUGAUAGAGCUGAUCACGGGGUUGAAUAUGAGCACAUCUAGGAUUAAAGCUUACAUAAACUC